AUGGCGUCGGCGCUGCCGCCACCGUGCCGCCCGCGACGACGGCGAGACAGGCCCGAGCACGCCCUGAUUCGUCUGCUCCUCCCAGCCCCUCGCCUUCCUCCUCUCCUGUGCUACUCCCUCGUCCUGAUCGCCACCACGGCCAACGCCGGCCCGGUGUACACGGACUGCCCGAGCAACACCAACUACAGCCGCGGCGGCGCCUUCGAGGCUAGCCUCGACGCCCUCCUGGCCUCCCUCCCCGCCGCCGCGUCUUCGUCCGGGUUCGCGGAGAACGUCACCGGCGCCUCGCCGGAGGGCAGGGCGUACGGCCUCGCCCAGUGCCGCGCGGACGUCGUCGGCCAGCCCGCCUGCCGCGCCUGCCUCGACGACUCGGCGCGGGACAUCGCCAAGACGUGCCCCGGCCAGAAAUCCGCCGUGAUCUUCUACGACGCCUGCAUCCUGCGGCACUCCAACGAGAGCUUCUUCGCCGCCUCCGACGACAGGCCGCUGUACUUCCUGUGGAACCCGCAGAACACGACGGAGCCGGAGCAGUUCAAGGCGCUGCUGGGCAAGCUGAUGAGCAACAUCACUGACGCGGCGGCGCACGCGUCCCCGCGGAUGUUCGCGGCCGGCGAGGCUGACCUCCCGCCCUUCACCAAGAUCUACGGCAUGGCCCAGUGCACCCGCGACCUCGCCGGCGGCGACUGCUACCGCUGCCUCGUCGGCGCCGUCUCCAACAUCCCGAGAUGCUGCGACGGGAAGCAGGGUGGCCAGGUCAUCGGGAGGAGCUGCUCCAUCCGGUUCGAGGUAUACCCUUUCUUCGACAUGCAGGCCGCCAAGGCAGCAAUGUCGCCUUCGCCGGCACCACCGCCGGCGACGACGCCCACCGGAGUCAAUGGAAGUAAUCACACAGUCAGUAAGGCUGUCAUUAUCCCAGUUACUGCGGCAGUUGCGUUGUUACUAGUGGUGAUACUGCUGUUAACUGCUCUUUAUUUGUGCAAGAAGAACAGAAAACCACAUGAGCAUGUGCUGAUUGGUAGUGUCAAUCUUGGUGAUGAAGACGAAAUGAGAAGCUCGGAAUCACUCUUGUACGAUUUAAGUACUCUAAGAGCUGCCACUGAUAACUUUUCAGAAGAAAAUAAGCUCGGAGAAGGUGGAUUUGGGCCAGUAUACAAAGGUACACUGCAAAAUGGUCAGGAGAUUGCAGUGAAGAGAUUGUCAGCUACUUCCCAUCAAGGACAAUUGGAGAUGAAGAAUGAGACAGUUUUGGUUGCAAAGCUUCAGCACAAGAAUCUGGUAAGGCUGCUAGGAUGCUGCAUCGAAGAACAGGAGAAGAUCCUUGUCUAUGAGUUCCUCUGCAACAAAAGCCUCGACACGAUCCUUUUCGAUCCUGCAAGGCAGCAAGAGCUUACCUGGGAGCAAAGAUUCAGGAUCAUCGAAGGGAUUGGACGAGGGCUUCUUUAUCUUCACGAAGAUUCAAGGCUCAAGAUCAUCCACCGUGAUCUUAAAGCCAGCAACAUCUUGUUAGAUGCAGACAUGAACCCCAAGAUAUCAGACUUUGGCCUUGCAAAGUUAUUUAACAUGGAAGCCAGCGUAGCAAACACAAGCAGGAUUGCUGGAACCUAUGGAUACAUGGCGCCGGAAUACGCCCUGCACGGCAUCUUCUCUGCCAAAUCCGACGUCUUCAGCUACGGCGUGCUCCUCCUGGAGAUCGUCGCCGGCCGCCGCAACACCUGCAUCCAUGGCUCCGAGGAUCUCCUGGCAUUCGUCUGGAGGCACUGGAGCCGCGGGGCCGCCGCGCAGCUGCUGGACCUGGACGGCUGCCCCGCCGCCGGCCGCCGGCCGCAGGAGCUGCUGCGGUGCAUCCACGUGGGGCUGCUCUGCGUGCAGGAGGACCCGCAGCUCCGGCCCGGCAUGGCGGCGGUCGUCGUCAUGCUCAACAGCCGCUCGGUCACCCUGCCGGCGCCCUCCGCGCCGGCGUUCGUAUCCGCGGGACGUGGGAUCGGCGGCGGCGGCGGCCCAGCGACGGCCGCAGCCGCUCGGGAAACGCCGAUCAACGGCGGCGCUUCUGUUUCCGGCAUCGAACUCCGGUGA